CGGCGUCGCCGAGGAGCGCUCUGGCGUCACUUCCGCUGGGGCGGGACCUCAGGCUCCCGCGCAAAUUAAAAAGUCCUCGGUGCGCGCAGCUCCCCGGCUCCCGGUGUUCUGCCUCGGGUGCGCCGGGCCAGGCGGGAAAAAAGCGUGUCUCCAGGGACGGGCUUGCGGACCACCCGUGCACAGCCGGGGACCGGAGCGAAGCGGUGAGGCCGCGUGUGCUUGCAGCUCCCGUGCGGCCAGUGGGCGCACUGACAUGAUGCCCGCCCAGCGCUGGCGCCGGCCCAUUCAUUCUGCGCAGAAGAGGAGACGUCUAUGCGGGCGCGUUUACUUAGCUUAGAAGAGACAUACGCGUCUCCUAAACGUGUACUACAUCGGUUUCCCUCAAAGGGGAAGAAAACUCUUUUUAGAGGCGUUGUCGGAGAGGUAGGAGGCUGAUUGUUAUUCCCAAACCGUGGCUCGGGUAACGCGGGCAUCCAAAUUACCUGCCGUAUUUAAGAGUCCGAAUCCUCCACCGGGCUCCACAACUGGCGACUGCACCGCUGACCCAGAGCUCAGAGCUUUGAUACUGUAUCAAGUUAACUUGGCAGUAUGGGAAUACAUGGAUUACUGCAAUUUAUCAAAGAAGCUUCUGAGCCCAUCCACGUGCGGAAGUAUAAAGGACAGGUAGUAGCUGUGGAUACAUAUUGCUGGCUUCACAAAGGAGCUAUUGCUUGUGCUGAAAAACUAGCCAGAGGUGAACCUACUGACAAGUAUGUAGGAUUUUGUAUGAAAUUUGUAAAUAUGUUACUCUCUCAUGGGAUCAAGCCUGUUCUCAUUUUUGAUGGCUGUACUUUACCUUCUAAGAAGGAAGUGGAAAAGUCUAGAAGAGAAAGACGACAGGCCAAUCUUCUGAAGGGAAAACAGCUUCUUCGUGAGGGCAAAGUCUCAGAAGCCAGAGAAUGUUUUAGCCGUUCUAUUAAUAUCACACAUGCGAUGGCCCACAAAGUCAUCAAAGCUGCUCGGUCCCAGGGAGUAGAUUGUCUCGUGGCUCCAUACGAAGCAGACGCACAGUUGGCCUAUCUUAACAAAGCUGGUAUUGUACAAGCUAUAAUUACAGAGGACUCUGACCUCCUCGCCUUUGGCUGUAAAAAGGUAAUUUUAAAAAUGGACCAGUUUGGAAAUGGAUUAGAAAUUGACCAGGCUCGGCUGGGAAUGUGCAGACAGCUUGGGGAUGUGUUCACGGAGGAGAAGUUCCGUUACAUGUGCAUUCUCUCAGGCUGUGACUACCUCUCCUCACUGCGUGGGAUCGGGUUAGCAAAGGCCUGCAAAGUGCUAAGACUAGCCAAUAAUCCAGACAUUGUAAAGGUAAUCAAGAAAAUUGGACACUAUCUUAAGAUGAAUAUAACCGUACCAGAAGAUUACAUCAAAGGAUUUAUUCGAGCCAACAAUACCUUCCUUUAUCAGCUAGUGUUUGAUCCCGUCAGAAGGAAACUCAUCCCUCUGAAUGCCUAUGAAGAUGACAUUGAUCCUGAAACACUAAGCUACGCUGGGCAGUAUUUUGAUGAUUCCAUAGCUCUUCAAAUAGCCCUUGGAAAUAAAGAUAUAAACACUUUUGAACAGAUUGAUGACUACAAUCCAGACACUGCUAUGCCUGCCCAAUCAAGAAGUCAGAGUUGGAAUGACAAAACAUGUCAAAAAUCAUCUAACGUUAAUAGCAUUUGGCAUAGGAAUUAUUGCCCUAGACUUGAGCUAGAUAUUGUUUCAGAUGCUACAAGAUUGAAGGAAAAUCCAAGUACUAUGGGCAUUGAACAAGUGAUCAGUAUUAAAGGGUUAAAUCUUCCAAGAAAGUCAUCCAUUGUGAAAAGACCAAGAAAUGAAGAGCUGUCAGAAGAUGACCUAUUGAGUCAGUAUUCCCUUUCAUUUACAAAGAAGACCAAGAAAAAUAAUUGUGAAGGUCCUAAAUCUUUGAACUCUUCUGAAAUGCUCACAUCUGACCUGGUAGAUGGAAGCACUGUUAGAAAAAAUGGAAGCACAGCACCUACGACAAGAAAUAAAUUUGCAGCAUUUUUACAGAGGAAAAAUGAAGAGAGUGGUGCGGUUGUCGUCCCAGGGACCAGAAGCAGGUUUUUUUGCAGUUCUCUGGAUUCUGCCGACUGUGUAUCUGUGAAAGCAAGCAGUGAGACCCUAGGUGAAAGUGCUGUCACAGAGAAAGAAAGCAGUCUGAGUGAAUCAGAUUGUGUAGAUGGCACAAAGCCAGCUGGUACGGACGUAGCACCUAAUUCACGUGAUCCAGUUGCGGACGAGGCAGCUGUGGUGGCUGACGAGUCUCUAUCUUCUGAGACCAGCAAGUUCACCAGGACCAUUUCACCGCCCACUCUGGGAACACUCAGAAAUUGUUUUAGCUGGUCCGGAAGUCUUGGAGAUUUUUCACGAACUUCAAGCCCCUCUCCCAGCGCAGCAUUGCAGCAGUUCCGGAGGAGGACUGAUCCCCCCACCACCCUGCCUGACCGGAGGGAGGUGUCCAGUAUGUCCCAGUCAAGGAGCGAUGAGUCAGGCGAUGAAGCGCCUCCCUCACGGCUUGCAGCUUGGUCUCCACAGUCUCAGGAAAGCACAGCAUUAUCGCCACACAGUUUAAAUGCAUCAAAACUUUCUCAGCCUUCUAGUAAGGAUUCGGAUUCAGAGGACUCUGACUGCAAUAUGAAGUCAUUUGAUGAUCUAGGUAAUCCAAAAUCCAAACCGCAUUUAUCUCAGUUUUUGAAAAAAGACACACUUCUAAGAAACAAGGUUCCUGGGCUGUAUAAAUCUAGUUCUGUGGACAGUCUUUCUACAACCAAGAUCAAGCCUCUAGUGCCUGCCCGAGCCAGUGGGCUCAGCAAGAAGCCAUCAAGCAUCCAGAAGAGAAAUCAUCAUGAUGCUGAGAACAGGCCAGGAUUACAGAUAAAAAUCAAUGAGCUGUGGAAGAACUUUGGAUUUAAAAAAGAUUCUGAAAAGCUUCCUUCUUGUAAGAAGCCAGAUCCCCUGUCACCAGUCAAAGAUAACAUCCAACUAACUCCGGAAGCAGAAGAGGAUAUAUUUAACAAACCUGAAUGCAUACAUGUUCAGAGAGCAAUAUUCCAAUAAAUGGCAGCAGCUGGGAGGCUGUUGCCUGCAAGAAAAUACCAAUUUGAAGUGCUGUUUGGGAAUGCAGCGAUUACCAGACUGAAAGAUUUAUUUGUAGAUGUAUGCCAUUUUUUAAAUAGAGUAUAUUUCACAUAUUAACUAUAUAAUUAUUUGUUCAGCUUUUUAUAUUUUCAUAAGAAGCUAAGUAGAGAAAUAAUUUUAUAUUUGACAGUUUAUGGAAGUUUUGAUGUUUUGGGGCAAGUCCCCUAGAAUUUAUAAAAAUCUACUCUAAAGGUUUCUGUCAUGUUGUCAAGUAUAAGGAUGAUAAAUGAAAAGCCACAAUUCUGUAGUCAGUUUAUCCUGGAGGGAAUCACUAUAUUUCUUCAAGUUUUAAAUUUUACCCCUUGCCUUUCCUGUCUCUUUCAGGAUUGAUUUGAAAAUAAAGUUGCUGGCAUGGGCCGGGUGGCUGGAAAGAUUAAAGAUCAUUGAACAUGUGGUGGGACAUUGCUCUGUUCUCCUUGAAGGAUUUGCAUGGGCUACGGAUUGACAGUGAAGGAAAACUGCUUUUAGCCUCCUGUGGAAAGAACUAUUUAUGUUGUUAAUAUUCUUAAACUUCAAAAUAGCCUGUUUUCCCUACUAUGUCUUUUUAAAGUAUGGACUUGAAAAUCCCCUAACUAGAGCUAUAGGUGUGAUUGUAAGAUACUAAAGAGUCUAUGAUGUGUACAAUCUGCAAAGACAUAGACAGGCACCUGGAAAGAGAACCAGCCAUGCAAGUGAAUAUGGGGAGGGAGAAGAGAGAGCAGAGGGGGGAGGGGAAGGAAAGGAAGGAUGGAUCUGGCAGGAGACAAAGGUGUUACCUGAGAUACAGAGGAUAAAGUAAGGGAUCCAGAGUAUUUUAAUCUUUAAAUAAGAUAGUAGAGGACUCUUGGAUAAAGAGAAUGAAACAAAAAACAUAAGUUGUAAGAAACAGCAUAAAAAUGUUAAAAGAAAUAAAGACCAAUCUGAAAAGGA